ACAAAUGACGUCACACGGAUAACAUUUAACAAACAGUUUCGAAACCGAAACAGCGGAUAACUUGAGAAACAACUCUUCACUAUUCGUGUGACGGCUGGAUUCAAACAUCUUCCAUCUUACCUACACACGGGAGCACCGGGGAGAGUGGACGACCCACGGUUUCAGCUGUCCUGCUCGUAUUUGUUGACCGCUCAGCUAGCCGGGCUGCUAAGUGUAGCUAGCGUUAAGUAGGUAGCUGGGAGCUAGCUUGCGAGUUAGCAAGAGAAACUCAACAACACUUCAUCUCUAAAACAGAGUGCUCAGCGUCUGUCAGUAUGGAGAAUAAAUAUAACCUCAAGAGUCCAGCGGUAAAGAGGCUGAUGAAAGAGGCUGCUGAACUGAGGGACCCCACAGAGCAUUACCACGCCCAGCCACUGGAAGAUAACCUCUUUGAAUGGCACUUCUCCGUACGUGGGCCACCAGAUUCUGAUUUCGACGGUGGGGUUUACCAUGGCAGGAUCGUGCUUCCCCCAGAGUACCCGAUGAAGCCCCCCAGCAUCAUCCUCCUCACGCCGAAUGGAAGAUUUGAAGUUGGGAAGAAAAUUUGCCUGAGCAUCUCUGGCCACCAUCCAGAGACCUGGCAGCCCUCUUGGAGCAUCCGAACUGCUCUAAUAGCCAUAAUCGGAUUCAUGCCAACAAAAGGAGAGGGAGCAAUAGGAUCUCUUGAUUAUACUCCAGAAGAGAGGAGGGCUCUUGCCAAAAAGUCUCAGGACUUCUGCUGUGAAGCGUGUGGCUGCUCCAUGCGCUCUGCCCUCCUGGCUCUGACCCCAAACAGCAACCCCAGCGCAGAGGACUACAAGGCUAAAGAGCUGGCCCAGCAAAUCAACUUCAAGGCAGAGUCCAGUUUAUCCAGACAGGCAAGUGAGAGCGGAGGUGCAGAAAGCGAGCCUUCCAUGCUCACCGAGGGAGACACCUCCACGUCUGCCAGCCAGGAAGCUUCUGAGGCGCCCCAGGCGGAGCAGGCUGAGGCAUCUCCAGCCACAGGGAUAGAGGGACCCCAACCCGCUGUGACCCCAAGCACUGGUCGCCCUCUCAGCCCCCGGCAGCGUCGCGCCCAGCAGCACAGCCAGCAGGGCCAGAGAGAUGGCAGAGAUCCAGCCAGCAGGCCAGCCUUCGCCCCGGCUCCUCGCCAGCCUCUGGAUGAAAGCCACGCAGGCUCGGCGGUCCUCAUUGUGGUGCUCACUCUGGCCCUGGCGGCGCUCAUCUUCCGCAGGAUCUACCUGGCUAAUGAGUACAAGUUUGACUAUGAGCUGUGACCACACACUUGGCUGCCCCCACUCCUUUCUCACCCUCAAGUCAACCCCUCCUGCUACCACCCUAACAGAACUAUGGCCAGCUGACGUGGAGCCAGAACCCGUGGCGGUGGCUGAUACUGACUUUCUGCCCUCCCUGCUCAUCAGCAGAGGGCUCCGUCUCCGCUGAGGGGGAACUUUCAUUCCUGCAGAGGAGAAGCUCCACUUACCACAACACCCCCAGGGUGUCUUUUAAUCAAUGUGAAUUUUACUCUCAAGAGUGUCAUGCAUUUUUAAAAACGGGAAGCUUUGUUGUGUAGCCACACACACCACAUGUACUCCUCCAUAUAAUUGUUCUAUCCUAGGGCUGCCGCUUGUUCCCUUUAUUUAAUUAAAACUGUAUUAUGAUAUGUUAAAAA